CGGACGGAAAAAUGUCAGGUCUCAUGAUGGAUAUACACUGGAGAAAUGGUCUGUUGGAUCUACUAAAGGUAUUACUUUGAGAGAAUUUGAUAAUUAUAAUUAUGGUAUUAGUAAUAAAACUAAGCAUAGUUAUAAUUAUGGUCUUUACGUUGAUAUGGAUGAUAAUAUUUAUUUAUCAGACAUGAUUUAUCAUUAUGUUCUAAAAUUUUCUCCAGAGCAGAACUCUGCUACAAUUGUUGCUGGUAUUAUGAAUGGAAAUGGCAGUGGUCUGCAUCAAUUAAAUGAACCAGGACAAAUAUAUGUUGAUAAUUUUGGUAAUAUUUAUAUAGCUGAUUCAUUGAAUCAUCGUAUACAAAAAUGGACACCAGGAGCAAAACAAGGAAUUACUGUUGCUGGUGGAAAUGGACAAGGUUCACAACCAAAUCAAUUAAAUACACCACAAGGAGUA